GAAUUCAAAAAUCGCUCAGCAGAACCGCAACACCGCAGAUUCUAGUGGGUCAACAGCAAGACACACUGCGGGUAGUAUAGGAUUUGACCAGCACCGUAGGAAAUUAGUAAGUAUCACAAUAAUAAAUUUUAUUAUUCUUAUUUUGUUAUAACACUAACUACAUUAAUUGUACGUUGACUUUUAUGUAGGAAAAAUUGAUGGGUAAACCACCCACACAAUAUGAUGUUUUCGUGCAGACGCAUGGCACCGCCGAGUCAAAGAAAAAAUAUUUUGAGGGAAAUCAUGAAAAUAUUGAAUAUUGCUCGCAAACGGCCAAAGAAGCACUAGAGGGGUAUCUGCAUGGGUUGGUCAACAAAUUUGGUGAAGAUCCUUCAAAUCGUAAGGAUGAUGUAGAUGUAUGGGAGGAAAGCCAACUUAGAAGAAAAGGAAAGAAGAAGGGUGCUAUCUAUGGGAUAGGAGCAUCGGAUAUACAUUUUUUGGUUUUAGGGACUCCAUCUUCCCAAUCCACCCAGUCCACCCAGUCGGAUAGCACACAACAAGAGGUUGAUAGGUUGCGUGCACAAGUUUCUGUCAUGGAACAACAACAACAACAAAUGAAAGAACAAAUGGAGAUGGUUAUGAGGAUGAUAAAUAUGUCUGGAAAUCAACCCCAUGGUCCCCCCGAUAAUCCACCCGAGGACAAUUGAUAAGUAUUUUGGAACAAUUGAUAACUAUUUUGGAACAAUUGAAUUUGUAAACACUUGUAUUGUUUGCUUGUUUUGUUAUGCCUAAUUUGUAUGGUACUUGAGACAUUUGUAUGGUAUUUAAGACAAUGGAAUUGAAUGUGUCAAA